ACGUCAAAGCUAAUGGCAUUAUCGUUAUUCAACGUAAAAAGCGUGUUAUUUUCGUGAAUUGAUUCGCUUUCCAGCAUGUUCCCCCAAUUGUCUUCCUCUUGUCUCUUCUCCAUUAUUUCAUAGUUGAAUCUCAAGGUCUCUCUCAAUACUGAUUUUCAGUAGAACGGUAUACGGUAUACUAUGAGAAGAAGAAACUAAAGCCCACAAGAGUUAAUUUCCAAGCAUGUUUUCUUGUUUUGCCCCUCCCUUUUCCUUCAAUUUACAGUUCUUUUACCCUUCCCCAAUUCGUUGUUUGGUCGGCGCUAAUCAUACUUCUGCUCGCUUCUGCUCACGAUAAUUAAACAGAGGAAUGCGUAUACAUUCAGAAAAUUUAAAGAAUUAGAGGGUAAUUUUUUGUGUUUAUAUGAUGCAGCUGAGGAUUUUUUGUGUAAGAUUAUUUUUGUUCUGUUUAUUGAUAAUUGCUCUCCGAUUUGCAUACAUUGUGACCCUCCGAGGGGAAUUAUGUGACCACGGAGACUUUUGUUUCUUUUCGUUGCCGGAAAAUAUCAAUGUUGUUACGGGCAUCGGAAAACUGGUCAAACCCUCCUCGUCGAUUACUUCUACCAAUGGAAAGUCAGCGCCGGCGAUGCCCAAGAAGCUGCCGGAACUCUGGGCCACCUGGGGUUUCCAGAAGGCCGUUCGUUUCUAUUCCUCGACCUUCCAAUAUCUGAUUUAUGAGGGCUUCUUGAAACCUAGUUAUAAGGUCCUUUGCGUCGAAACGCAGACGGGUGCUGACGUUUUUGCGUUGAAAGAGAUUGGGGUGGAGGAUUCGAUAGGGAUUUUCAAGAAAGCAUUCAAGCCUCUGGUAAUUUCGGGGCAGGGUUUUAAGCAACCCUUCAAGAAUAGUACUUUCGAUUUUGUGUUUUCCGGUGGUGGUAUGAUUGAGAAGUCUUCGAAGUUGGCAGAUUUUGCUACUGAAAUUUCCCGGAUCCUGAAACCCGAAGGAUUUCUGGUGGUCCACACGGGCACGAAAGAUGAAUACAGUCUCAAUUCAUUUCUUGAUUUCUUUAACUUUUGUAAAUUGGUAAAAACUAGGGUCAUAGAUGGGAUUGAUUCCAAAAUGCCAAUUAUUCGUGAAAUUGUCGUGAAAAAAGUUAGUGGAUAUGGAAAUAUCGAACAAAUUAUUGACUAUGGGACAGAAAAUCUCAGUGUUGAUUUUGUGACCAAAUGCUUAGUUCCGGGGUAUAAGCUAGAAUUGAUCCAUAAAGCAGAGCCUUUAAUAGAGGAAGAACCAAAGAAGCCUUGGAUUACUUUGAAGAAGAAUAUAAAGAAUAUAAAGUACUUGCCUUCAAUGGUUGAUAUAAGUUUUAAACAAAGGUAUGUCUAUGUUGAUGUUGGAGCUAGAAGCUACGGAUCAAGCAUUGUUAGUUGGUUUAAGAAGCAAUAUCCAAAGCAAAACAAGACUUUUGAAAUAUAUGCAAUUGAGGCUGAUAAGACAUUUCAUGAUGACUAUAAGUAUAAGAAAGGGGUCACAUUGUUUCCCUACGCAGCAUGGGUGAGGAAUGAGACCCUGUUUUUCGAGAUUAAUAAUCAAGAUCCCAGUCAUAAAAAUGUGAAGAGAGGUAGAGGGAUGGGGAGGAUUCAACCGGUUCAGUCUUCAGGCGGUUCUAGUUCAUUUGGGUACGUGGAUAAGAUUCAGGGAUUUGAUUUUGCUGAAUGGUUGAAGAAUUCAGUGUCGGAGAGGGAUUAUGUGGUUAUGAAGAUGGAUGUAGAAGGGACUGAAUUUGAUCUGAUUCCCAGGUUGUUUGAAACUGGAGCAAUAUGCUUGAUUGAUGAAAUGUUUCUUGAAUGCCAUUACAAUAGGUGGCAGAAAUGUUGCCCGGGGGAGAGAGCUGCUAAGUACCAGAGAACAUAUGGGCAAUGUGUGGAUCUGUUUACUUCUCUAAGAGAUAGUGGAGUUCUAGUGCAUCAGUGGUGGUGACUGGUAAUAGCUAUCAGUAAUUCUGUUCCAUUUGUUGUUUUUAAAGUUUUUUCUUUUGCUCUCAAAUCAAAAUGUUGUAACUUUUUGUAUCAUCAUUCAUUUAGUACGAAUCCCAUAUGUAUUUAAUAUUGAAGUCAUGGCUGAAUUUCGUCAGUUAUUCAGCAGCUUAAAAAUCAUUUUGGCUUUGGAGAA